AAUUUAGCUGGAGUUAUCGCGGACCAAGGCGAGCGUUGGCCGCGGUCGGGUUUAAAUACGGAGGAACGGUGGCUCGAGGAGGAGGGCGUGGCCGCAGCCGUGACGUUCUUCUGUGUUUAUGUCAAACCGAGCAGCAAACAGUCCCUACAGUAACCUGUCAGACCUUCAAACCGUGGACCGAAAACGUGUGCUGUUGUGUCACCCCUGCCCGGGUGCCAUGGUCCUCUGUCACACAUGAGCUCUACUAUGUGGUACAUCAUGCAAAGCAUUCAAAGUAAAUACUCCUUGUCUGAGCGACUCAUCCGCACCAUCGCAGCCAUCCGCUCAUUCCCACAUGACAAUGUGGAGGAUCUCAUUCGUAAGGGAGCUGAUGUGAACCGGAUGCAUGGAACACUUAAGCCGCUGCACUGUGCAUGUAUGGUCGCUGAUGCUGACUGUGUGGAGCUGCUGUUGGAAAAGGGGGCAGAGGUGAAUGCUUUGGAUGGAUACAACCGUACAGCACUACACUAUGCAGCAGAGAAGGAUGAGAGCUGCGUGGAGCUGCUGUUGGAGUAUGGAGCCCAGCCAAAUGCGCUGGAUGGAAACAAGGACACCCCACUUCACUGGGCCGCCUUCAAAGAUAACCCAGAGUGUGUGAGGGCCCUGCUAGAGAGCGGGGCCUGUCCCAAUGCCCGGGACUACAACAAUGACACUCCUUUGAGCUGGGCAGCAAUGAAAGGCAACCUGGAGAGUGUCAAAGUGCUAUUAGACUACGGAGCCCAGGUCCAUGUGACCAACCUGAAGGGCCAGACCCCUAUCUCCCGACUGGUGGCCCUGUUGGCCCGGGGCCUGGGCACUGAACAGGAGGAGGAGUGCCUUGAGCUGCUGUGCCGGGCAGCAGGGCGGUUUGAGAUCCGACGGGCGGACGGCACCCUUCCCAGGGAGCUGAGUAAAGAUCCCCAGCUGCUUGCGAGGCUGACCAACAUGGUGGCUCAGGCUCCCACGCUGCGCUCUCUGGCACGCUGUGCUGUCCGGCAGAGUCUCGGGGUGCAGUUCCUCCCCACUGCUGUAAAAGAGCUUCCUUUACCAGAGACUAUCAAAGACUAUCUACUGCUGAGAGACUGAGGUGAUGAAACCACUGGCUGAUCAAUAGACAGCUCAUCCCACUGCAUAUAGGAAGGAAGUGUCUCCAUUGAAUUAUAGGAUAGUGUCUGACAGUGGCUCUCAUUUAUUAAACCUUCUCGCAAAGCAAUACAGAUUUAUGCACUGGGAGAGAUGAAC